UAUGAUUAAAUGCCAAACCCAAAAAUACUAUUUGUUAAUUCCUAAAUAACACCGUUUGAAGGGAAUGCAGGAGCACAUCGUUUUGAGACUGUCAAAGUAGCCAAAAAUGCAAUCACUAAUCUUAUUAAUACUAAUCCUGAAAGAAUAGCUAUUAUCAAUCCUGAUGCAUUUUAAUAUAGAAGAUAAACAGAAAAUUCAAUGAAAUAAACAAAGGACUAGAUUAAAGCCAGUUUGGUUUAAUUGUUGCCAUGUUUAGAAAACUAUUUCUAAAUCAGUGAAGUCGAUCCAAAAGAUGAUUUAUUCUAUGCCAAUUCAAUAUUUUGGAGUACUCUGAAAAAUGAUGAAAGGGAAAGAGAUAACAAGGUAUUAAGUGAAAUCUUAGAAGAAAUAAUUUUACCUGAUUCUAUAUUAACCGAAAUCGAAAUAUAAUUUUAAAACUCUGGAUUACUUAGUUCUCUAACAAUGGAUCUUGAUAGAUAAAGAAGAAGAAGAAAUGAAGCAACUUACUUAUAAUAAUUCAUGUUUUUAAGGACAAAAUUAAAUAUUGAAAAAACUAGGUGGUUAUAAAACAUUAUUGAAUUAGCUGAUUAGUACAUCAACGAAUAGAGACAAUUUUUACAGGAAACCUAUGUUUAUUUAGAAGAGACAAGAGAAUAGCUAAUUACUAACAAUAUGAAUAAUUAAUUGAAAUUAUAUUUACAAUAGGAUUAGGGUUUUGAAAAUCAAGAAUUAAAGCAAGAAUUUGAGGAUAUUAGAUAAAGAUUGUUUUUGCCGAAUUCAAAUUUUUUUGCAACAUAGAUCAUUGCAUUAUGA